AUGCUCAUGGAACAUUUGUAUGACACGAACUUGGGAGAUUCCAAAACGAAGCGUUUAGUUGAGCUUUAUAUUUCUAACUGUCAUACUCUUCAACGACUUGACAAUUUGAGCGGAAAAUUUGACGACGAGAAACGCUCUGGUUUGGGCGAGCCAAAGUUUUACUUGAACUCUACACCGUUUAACGGGGCAUGGGGUCGUCCACAGAGCGACGGUCCGGCGUUGAGACUGUCUACUAUUAUCCAGUACCUCAAUUUGCUCUUGGCACAUAAGGCAAAAUUUGAGAAUCCCGAUCUUGAGUCUCCAUACUACGUUUACCAUGAAAUAGUCAAACCGGAUCUUGAGUUUGUCGUUGCCAACUGGGAGAUGCAGACAUUUGAUUUGUGGGAGGAGAUACAUGGGGUUCACUUAUACACUUCCAUGGCACAUCUUCGGUCAUUAGUCGAUGGCAUCGACAUAGCACGAGCGUUUGGCGACUUUGAGUUUGUUCAAAAUUUGACGUCAACUUUCGAAAGCGUUAAGAAAUUUAUAUUGUCUGAGGCUGGGUUUGUGGGUGAAAAUCACCUUCUAGAAACCCCAAGUUUGGUGAUGUCGGGUAAAAGAGGAGGCCUUGAUUCAGCAAUCAUUCUCGCAGCUCUCCACUCCCAUAAUUUGGAAGCUGGAAACCAUACUAGUAUACCCUUUGACAUCGACGAUAGCAAGGUUCUACAAACAUUACAUGCAUUUGUCGACCAAAUGAAGCAACUUUAUCACUUGAACAGAAACUUGAGUGGGGAGGGUAUUGGUGCCGCUCUCGGACGUUAUCCGGAAGACAUUUAUAAUGGAGUCGGAACUUCUGAGGGCAACCCGUGGUUUCUCUGCACUGCAUCUGCAGCCGAAGCCGUUUACAAAUUGGUGUACAAAUUGAAUCACAAUCGUCAAGACAUUAUCAUUGAUGAAUGUAAUCGAGAAUUCUUCAAGCAAUUUUUUCCCCAACGUCUAGGAAACAAGAUUUCGUAUGGAUCUGACGAUUUCAAAUUGAUCACCUCCAGAAUGUUCAGUUACUCUGAUUCAUUCUUGCAAAUUAUUCAGGCCCAUGUGGACGACCAAGGACACAUAUCUGAACAGUUCAAUCGAUAUAACGGACUCAUGGAAGGCGCUCGAGACUUGACGUGGAGCUACGGUGCUGUGUGGAAUGCUAUCAGAUGGAGAAAGAAAGCCAUAGGCUAUAUUUGA